UCCCAAGAAAGUGACGCAACCAUCGUCGACCAAGCUGUAGCUCGUACCCAUGAAUGAUGUCUAGAUCCAAACGAGCAUGAAUGACCAAAAGCAGAUGUAGACAAUAUAGAUAACGAACAAAAAAAUGGCAAUCCUACGCUCUCUUCCAGUGUACACGGCAUGAGACAGAAGGAUUAACAGAACAUAUGUAUCCGGUCAUGGGUUGUUGGUUGAAUGCUCAAGAUCCUUGAGGGUUUUCCCCUUUGUCGGAUCCGUCUUCGUCAUCAAAAAAAUGGUGAUUGGGUCAUCCUUCUCAUCUAUCUGGAUCUCCAGUUUUUCGAUUUCUUCUUUUAGUUGAUCGAUUUUGACGAGAAAUUUCCGCUCUCGGCCUAAAGCUGCUUGGUGGAGUGUGAGAAGAUUGAGUGAAGAAUAAACUACGCACGAUCUGGGUGGUAUAAAUACUGGAAAGAGUGCUAGGAUGAAGAUCGGAACAAGGAUAACAGUUACUCCAUUUCAAUGAGGAGUGAGGUGACAAUGAAUGUCAGAAAAUAGUAGUUAGAGUGCACUUUCUCGUACGGGUACCGGCUUUGAAUCGUUCCAAUAAAGAAGUAGAUGAUUACAGGGUCGAUGGAAGAUCUAAUAGAAGCCAUCAAAUCUGUUCUACUCUAGCUUUAACGUGACAGAGUUGCUCUUCGUGAAUUACAGAUAUAUUAAUUUGGCCGCUGACCUGUCGCUUCUCGCUUCUCGCUUCUCCACUUCUGAAUACGUGCGCUGAAGAGGGGAUUCAGCAUGCGGAUUCUAGACUUUCUUAUAGAGGUACGUAUAUAUGAAUUCAUGAGGGCCAGUGGCGGUUCCACGUCGUUUUAUUGGUUGUUGGAUUUACUGCCCCCAACAACCAAUUUGCGGCUUUUGAGCUUACCAAAGCUGUGAAGAGACUGCACUGUGCCCCACUCUGGUGGUUGGUCAAUCCCCGAAAAUACUCCAUGUCAUUUUGCGUAAAAAUCAACGACUGUAAUCUCAACGUCGGACUCCUUACCACUCUUCUGUUCAAUAUCCGCCGACUACCAAUCCGACCAUGAUGCUCGACGCCAGCUUUUACUCUUCGAUUAACAGCAAGUAUGAAGAUGCAUUCGGCCACGACGCUGGUCUUCUCGGCUUCAUUCAAGCCAUCCUACCCAGCAUGCCCCCCGAGUCCCUUGUCUUGGAUGUCGGCUGUGGGACAGGCAAUCCAGUAGCCACCACUCUGGCAGCAGCUGGGCAUCGCAUCCUUGGAAUUGAUAUCUCACCCGCCAUGAUUGAGUUGAGUCGCAAGGCUGUACCUAGUGGUACGUUUGAUGUUGCAGACAUGCGACACUACACACCACCUGAGGGGGUACAACUAGACGCUGUCUUCAACAUCCUUUCACUGUUCUUGCUCGAUAGGGAGGGUAUCGAAUCCAUGUCAAAAAAAUGGAGUGCAUGGUUGCCGGAUGGUGGCUUAUUGUGUAUCUGCACAAUCCCAGCUGAGGAUUGCGCUCCCGAGGAGAAGGGAAAAGGUUACGAUGCUGAUGGUCUAUGUGCGCGAGACAUUGGAUUCAGGUUCAUGGGUGCACGGACGUUCAUCACCUUGUUCACGCGAAAGGGAUGGGCCAUUCUAUUGGAGAAACAGGGAUUUGAAAUCGUCAAAACGUUGACGGAGAUGCAUUUGCCGCCCGAAGACGCGGACAGUGAUUCAGAAUCACACUAUUUCAUUCUUGCGAAGAAGAAGGCUUAA